CGCAUAUGUAAUCGCAUCCCAGCUGGUUGCAUACUUGCACAUAUGUGGGCCGUUCGGUUUUCUCGCAGAAACGUUCGAGCAGAAUUGCGUGUUUCUGUCGAAUCGCAAUGCCUCGAUGUUUUUAACUGAGGAUUGGCCAAUAGGAGUUUCUGGUCAAACGAUGGAAUCAAACAAAUUUUCUAAUACCGUCGGUGAAUUAUUUUGAAAAAGUGAUCAACGAUUACGUGGACAAUUUGGAAUCUGCUAUGAAGAUCGACGUUGGCGAUAUUUAAUCUCCUCGUUAUCGAAUAAAAAUUAACGUGGAUCGAGGAACCUUACCUGUUCGCUGUCUCAAGUAAACAUACGUCUUAUCAUUAAUUCUGAAACCGAACGAAUUCUGGUUUUGUCAAACAUGGAUGAUAACAAAAACGAGGAUACGAAAAAGGAAGAGAAAUGUCAGAUGACAGCCGCCGAGGAGCGUACGGAAUAUUUUAAGAAAUUAGAGAAAUGGUUGCACGAAGCGUACGCUUGGCAAAGCAUGGCAGCGAUGUUUCCAUAUUAUUUUAUGUGCGGACAAAUCAUGAAUCCUUCGGCUGGUGUGCCGUCGUUCUCGUCGCAAGUACCGAACGUAGCGAACGCCCAUAGAUUAAUUAUCGACGUUAACAGCCAAGAAAGCGAUCCGCUCAGGCAAAGGAGGCCACAGGCGAACGUCGCAGCUCCGUUCCAGCUCCCCGGAGCCGAAGGUUUCGAAUACCGGAUCCCUCCGAUAUGGAAACGAUUCGCAGCAGAGUUCAUCGACGCGACCAUGCUGUUUCUUCUAAAGUUCUCAAUCACUUUUGUCGCUAUCGACGUUUUCGACUUUAUAGACAUAGAUGAUUUAGAUUUGGUCAAAGCUAAUUUGAGGAUCGAUUAUAAAAUGGCACUGGAAAUGACCUACGGUAUAUUAGUGUUAGAGAUAAUUCAUCGUGUGAUAGUGUGCAUCUUCGAGGCGUAUUGGCUGCAACACGGUAUGUACGGUCUCAUCGGUGGCGCGACGCCUGGCAAGUUCAUGAUGGGGUUAAGGGUGAUUCAGUGUCGUAACGUGACACCCGUCGACAGACCAGACGAUCCUGACGUCGUUCUAGUUUCACCAGGAACUGAUUUAGGCUUACCGCUCGCCCUAGGCCGGUCGGUCGUGAAAAACAUGAUCCUAGCGUUUCUGUUCCCCGUGUGCUUCGCCCUGUUCUUCUUCAGGUUCAACAGAACCGUUCACGAUCUACUUUGUAACUCGAUCGUCGUCGAGGAUCCUUAUAGGAAUCUGAACAACAACAGACAUCAUCAACAGUGAAUGUUUGAAACGAUCGAUCGAUCCAUUUACCUUGUAUGUAUAUAUCGUAUGCGCGAGAGGAUGAUGCACCUCCAAGUAUUUUUUUUAAUUACGUCCCGAAGGGCGCUAUGUGAUUCUGAUCGAAACACCCUUACAAGUUCGAAUAAUUUCGGUUGUACAGAUUCUAUUUAAUGCAGUUGAUAAUAAAACGUUUUAUAAUUUAA